AUGUGCACAAUCUUCAAAUCUCACAAGCUGUGGGAUAUGGUUGAAAAUGGGUAUGAGCAACUUGUGAAGAAGGAAGAAGGAGAAGCUCUGACUACAGCUCAAAAGCUUGCUUUGGAAGAGAAUGUUGCAAAGGAUCCUAAAGCUUUGGGACUGAUCCAAGGUGCAAUUUCUGAUGACAUUUUUCCCAGAAUUGCAUUGAAAGAGUUAGCCAAGGAAGCAUGGGAAAUCCUGCAACAAGAGUUCAGAGGGGUUCAGGAGGUUAUAGGCUCUCUAAAAUCUCAUGAACAACGACUGCAAAGGCAUAAUGAGAGAGUGACCGAGAAGGCAUUCUCUAGCCUGAAUGUGAGUUCUAAGGACCAAUCAAACACAGGGCAGGCAUGUAGUUCCAAGUCUAAGAAGAAUUGGAAAUCUCAGAAAGGGAAGAAGUGGGACUCAAAGUCUGACAAUAAUUCCAAGAAGGAAAAUCAGACUGAAGGAGCAAAGGUUCCCUUCAAAACCUGUGACAAGUUGCACUAUGGUGUCUGUUGGUUCAAAGUUGUAAAGAAUAAUGGUGUGUGGUAUGUGGACAAUGCAUCUAGCAAUCACAUGACCUCCAAUGCAUCUCUCCUAGUUAAUAUUGAUACUAAGGUCACUACGAAAGUGAAAAUGGGCACAGGAGACUUAGUGCAAGCAACUUGUAAAGGCACUUUGGUGAUUGACACUAAAGCUGGGCCUAGAUAUAUUAAAGAGGUUAUGCUUGUACCAAGAUUGGAUGAAAAUUUACUUAGUGUAGGUCAAAUGGUAGAGUAUGGAUACUGUAUGGUUUUUGGCAAUUCUAUGGUGGAGAUAUUUGAUGACAGCUCCAUGGAAAAUUUGGUGGUAAAAGUCUCCAUGACAGGAAACAGAUGCUUUCCACUCUCACUAAAACAUGCAAACUCUAUGGCUAUGAAAGCAACAGUUGAAGAAUCCACUUGGUGUUGGCAUAGGAGGUUUGGUCAUUUGAAUAUGCAGAGUUUGAAGUUGUUACAACAACAGGAGCUGGUAUAUGGUUGCCUGAAAUUGGCAAUGCAGACAGACUUUGCCAAGACUGUGCAAGUGGAAAAUCACACAGGGAGGCCUUUGGCUAUGGUGGAAGUACAAAGUGGCUACAAAAUCAAGAAACUUAGAAGUGGCAGAGGUGGAGAAUAUACUUCCACUGAAUUUCUGCAGUUUUGUGAAGAAAUUGGCUUGGAACGCCAACUAACUGUGGCCUACUCACCUCAGCAAAACGGAGUUGCUGAGAGAAAGAACAAGACCACUGUAGAGAUGAGCAAGACAAUGAUGAAAGAGAAGAAACUACCAUACAAAUUCUGGGGAGAGAUAGUGAAUAUAGCUGUCUAUAUUCAUAAUAGAUGCCCCACAAAAGCUUUAGACACUAUCACUCAUUUUCAAGCUUUUAGUGGAAGAAAACCUAGAAUUAAGCAUUUCAAAGUGUUUGGCUCUAUCUGUUUCUGCCAUGUGCCUAGUCAAUUAAGAUCUAAACUAGAAGACUCAGCUGUAACAUGCAUUUUUGUUGGCUUUGGCAAAUGUGAAAAAGGGUACAGAGUAUACAAUUUGCAGACCAAAAAGAUCAGUACAUCUAGAGGUGUGACCUUUGAUGAGAAUUCAUUAUGGGAUUGGGACAAGCAAACUGUUGAUUCUAUCUCAGUUCCAAUGAGGUUUGAAGAUACAUCCAGAAGCUCUGAAGAGGAAUAUGAAGAAACAAUGAUUGAUAUCAUCUCUAGUCCAGUUCAGGUGACUACAGAUGCUACUAAUGCUAAUUCACCAGGUAAUUCACCAAGUUCUACACCUGUGAAGCUCAGAGACAUCACUGAGAUCUAUGCUAGAUGCAAUAUGAGCAUCAUUGAGCCAGAGAAUUUUGCAGAAGCUUCAAAGGAUAAGGCUUGGCAAAAGGCAAUGAAGAUAGCAAUGGAGAUAGACAUGGAGAUGAUUGAGAAAAAUGAGACUUGGGAACUAGUUGAUAGACCAAGUGAUAAACCUAUUAUUAGUGUUAAAUGGGUUUAUAAAACCAAAUUGAACCUUGAUGGCUCAAUACAGAAGCAUAAAGCUAGGCUUGUGGUCAAAGGCUAUGCACAAAAGCCUGGAAUUGAUUUCAAUGAGACUUUUGCUCCUGUGCCCAGACUUGACACAAUUAGAACUCUCAUAGCUUUGGCAGCUCAAAAGGGGUGGAAACUAUACCAGUUAGAUGUCAAGUUUGCAUUCAAAAAUGGUGUGCUUAAGGAGGAAGUUUAUGUAGAUCAACCUGAUGGAUUUGUGAUCACACACUACGAAGAUAAGGCUCCAAGAGCCCGGUAUGAGGAAAUAAAUUCCUAUCUCAUUAGCUGUGGUUAUGUCAGAAGCACAAGUAGCAAUGGAGAAUUAAUUGCGGAAUUCAAGAUUGAAAUGAUUAGAAGUACUCCUCUGGUGACAAGUGAGAAACUGUGCAAGGAUGAUGGAAGUGAACCUGUAGAUGAGAAUGAAUACAGACAAAUUGUGGGUAGCUUAUUGUAUCUGACAGCUGCAAGACUUGACAUAAUGUUUGCAGCUAGCUUAUUAGCUAGGUUCAUGCAUUGCCCAACAAAGAAACACUAUGGAACAGCUAAGAGGGUGAUGAGGUAUAUUCAAGGCACCAUUGAUUUUGGUAUUGAAUAUCAGAAGGGAAAAGAGGCCAUCAUAAUUGGAUAUUGUGACAGUGAUUGGAGUGGAAACCAAGAUGACAUGAGAAGCACUUCUAGCUAUGCUUUCUCUUUUGGCAGUAGAGCUAUAUGGCUGAGGUUUGUGCUUGAGGACUUUGGAGAAUUGCAUACUGAUGAAACUCUAUUAAUGGUAGAUAACACAUCUGCCAUUGCAAUGACAAGGAAUCCAGUUUUUCAUCAAAAGACUAAACAUAUUAACCGCAUAUAUCAUUUCAUUCGAGAUGCUUUGCAAGAUGGGGUAGUGGACUUGAGGUACUGCAAGUCUGAAGAACAAGUGGCUGACAUUUUCACUAAAGCUCUGCCCAAAGAUCGGUACAACUAUCUGAGAGGAUUGCUUGGUGUUAAACCAAUCAACAAUUUAGAAGGGAAUGUUGAAGUCCAGAUUCAUGCCAAGUGUACAGCUCACAGGCUGGUACAACUGUGUAUUGGCUGA